AUGGAGCUCUUUUGCAAGCAUGCACCAUGUGGUCACAAACAUAAAAAAGAUUAUGAGCUGCUUUCAAAAAGUGUGGUUUCUUAUGCUGGUGGACUCCCAUUAGCACUUACAGUUCUUGGUUGUUUUCUAUGUGGAAAAGACAUUAAUGAGUGGAGGAGUGCAAUAGCCAGAUUGAAAGAGAUCCCAGAUACAAAUAUUGUGGAAAAGCUACAGAUCAGCUUUGAUGGACUUACACCGGUUGAGAAAGAGUUGUUUCUUGAUAUUGCAUGCUUCUUCAGAGGUCAGUAUAAAAAUGAAGGGAUAAUGGCAAUGCUUGAUGCUUGUGGUUUUUACCCUGUUAUAGGCAUAAAGGUGUUGUUAGAAAAGGCGCUCAUAACAAUUUCAGAUGGAAGGUUUGAUAUGCAUGAUCUGUUGCAAGAAAUGGGACGCUACAUUGUUAGAGGGGAACACCCUGAGAAUCCAGAAAAACAUAGUAGAGUUUGGAAGAAGGAAGAUGUUCUAAAAAUUUAUGCUAUGGAUGCGACGAAGGAACUUGACAUGGUUAAAGCAGUAAGAAUUGAAUGCAAUAGCUAUGAUCUAGUAGAACUUCCUUCGGUUGCAAACCUGAAAAACCUCCGGUGGAUUGAUUGGAGAGGUGAUCUUGCAAGUCCAUUUCCUACUAACUUUCCACCAAAGAACCUUUGUUGUCUGAUAUUGGAUGACAUCUCGCAGAAACGACUUUGGAGGGGUUAUAAGCAUCUUCCAAAUCUGAAGAUCUUGGAACUUGUUAGAUUGAAUAACCUAAUCAUGACACCAGAUUUUGAUAGAAUUCCAAAUCUUGAAAGACUCAUUCUUCGUGGAUGCCAGCGUUUAAAAAAGAUUCAUCCAUCGAUUGGAAACUUGGAAAGGCUCAUUUUCCUAUCUAUAGAGUUUUGUUCUGGUCUUAAGAUAUUUCCACCGAUUAAGCGACUAAAGAAACUCGAGACCCUUUCAUUAUCAGAUUGCCCCAAACUUUUUAAGCUCUUGGGGAUCCAACAGAAAAUGAACGGUCUACUGCAUCUUCAUUCAAAUAUUAGUGGGAAAGAAGUUGCAUCCUACAAAAAGUAUUCUUCAAACUUUGUCGUUACUUGUUGGACGUGUGGUGACACAAAAAUUAGAAACCCAGCAGAGGACCUGAUUGAUGUAGAAGAAUGUUGUUUAGAGGAGCCUUAUUUACCUCGCAAUAACAAUACAGUGUUACGGUUUUUUCCCAGAGGCUUAAGAAAGUUAAAUCUCCGGUACUGCAGUCUGGGAGAUAAAGACAUUGACUUUGCUGUUUGGGAGUUUCCCAACUUGGAAGAACUCAAUCUAAAAGGAAAUAAGUUUUCAAGAUUAAAUUUUAGUCGAUGGCGACUUCCUCAGCUCAAAUGGCUGGACGUGUCAUGGUGCCAAUUACUUGUAGAAUUGUGGGAUCUGCCAUCAAGUAUAGCUGUUGUUAUAGCGGAUAAUUGUUGGUCACUUGAAAGCUUUGGAGAUAUUUCAAACUGUAAGUGGUUGUGGAAAGUCUCAUUGUGUGGGUACAACAAACUUGGUCCACUUGUUGGUGACAUAUUACUAGACUCCAUGCUCCAGGGAAAUGCUCUUGAAGAUCACUUUAUCAGUGUCAAUCUUGGAUAUAAGAUGAUUCCAAGGGGGUUUGUUGGUAGGCUGUUUAAGGGGACAACAUUUACAUUGCGUCUUCCAUAUGAUUGGUACAAAGACUUUUGUGGGUUCUUAAUAUGCAUUGUUACCAAAGCAAGACAUCCGCAAAUAAAUAUAAUCAUCAGGCAGGAUGUGGAUGAAGAUAUUCUCUCCGUGCUUUGGCAAGAGUCUAGUGAAGCACCAGCAGAUCCUAAAUAUGAUGGAAGUGGGUCAAUCAUAGGAUAUGUUUCCUUUAGUUCACUGAGGCACACAACAUUAUUGAAUUCUUCAUACAAUAUGAUAUCAUUUUCAAUAGACGGAGGACAUCUGAGUGGCUUAGCAGCUAACAGUUAUGUUGGAGGUGAGCUCAUUCCUUGGGGAAGUAAAGGGGAUGAGGUGAAAACAACAAAUUGCUCAGAAUUUUGGGACAAGGAAAAUGAAGAUGGUUCAAACACAUUUAAAAUCCAACAACAUGAUUCAAAGUCUUCUGUUGAGAUCUUAUGGCGGCCUUACUACACACAGAAAGUGGUUGUCAAAGUGAAUGUACACGAUGAUAAAGGAAAGCGGAAGGUUUUGAAGGCAGUUUCCACCCUUUCAGGGGUCGAGUCCAUAGCUUUCAGCAUGAAAGAGAAGACACUGACUGUCACUGGGGACGUUGAUCCAGUUUUUAUCGUCGGAAAACUGAAAAAGUAUUGCCACACAGAGAUAGUGACCAUUGGAGCAGCCAAAGGUUGGUAGAAGCUUUCAGCAGGACCUUCAAUCCUGAAAUCGUACAAGAGUGUCACAAUGAUUGUGUUAUAUCUGAGCUCUUAGACUUGAGGGAGUGAUGUCAGCAAUACCCACUACAAAAAAUAUGUCAAUUAGUGACCAAAACGAAAUGGUCACUAACAAUAGAAUGAGUCGUCACUAAAUGAUUUAGUGACCAAAAUUUCGGUCGUCACUUUUCGUCACUAUAGGUCCGUCACAAAACCGAUUUAGUGACCAGAUAUAAAUGUGGUCACUAAACAGUGACUAAAAUAUAGUCGUCACUAAAUCUGUGACGACCCGCUUCGUCACUAAAUGUUGUCACUAAUCAAUGAAAGUCGUCACUAUUUUAUCUACUUAGUGUCCAAUAAAAGUUGUCACUGUUUUAUCUGAUUAGUGACCAUAGAAAGUGGUCACUGGUUUAUCUAAUUAGUGACUAUAACUGGUCGUCACUGAUUUAGCCUUUUAGACAAAAAAGGGUCAAUAAUUAAGAAAUUUUGAAAUAUUAAAUGUCAUUUUUAAAAUGAAAUAUAAUAAUAUCCAAUUAGACAAAAGAAAAGGCAAAUGCUAUAAAUGUUUAUAAUACAACAAUAACCAAAUAAAUCUUCAUAUAAGAACGGAUGAUUUCCCACCUAAAUUAUACAUGAAAUUAUAGAGCUGCUAACACUACAAAAGCAAAAUAGAAGUAAUCAAAUGAAAAGUUCCAUUUGUUGGGCAUCCUUAUGGAAUACUUUUCAGACUCCUGCAAAAUACAAUGAUAAAAUGGUCAUUUACCAAAUAGAAUGGUCAAAUAGUCAUUCAUUAAAUAGAAGGGUAAAAUGGUCAUGUAGUCAAAGGAGAGUAGGAUAUUGUUUCUUUUGUUGGUAAGCAUUGUUUCUAAAUAGAAGGGUAAAAUGAUCAUUUUCUCAAACAAGAGUAAGAUACUAUUUCUUUUGUGAGUAAUCAUUGUUUCUAAAUAGAAGGGUUAAACGAUCAUUUAAUCUAACAAAAUUAAGAUAUUGUUUCCUUGUUAGCAAGCAUUGUUUUUAAAUAGAAAGGUAAAAUGAUCAUUGGCCAAAGAGAAGGGUAAAAUGACCAUUUACUCAAGAAAGAGUUAGACACUACUUCUUUGUUAACAAGAAUCAUUUCUAAUUAGAUGGGUAAAAUGGUCAUUUACUCGGAUUCAGAUAGUUUAUUCUAGUACUGGAUACCCAUACACGACUUCAUGGGAAAAAAUCUAGUAAGCUAUCUAUAUAUGUGUCUCUUUUCUACUUAAUACAAAAAGUCAAGGAACAGAAAAGGGUAAAAUGAUCAUAUUAUAUGGUAGUAGGAAUAGAGGGUUGUUACCUUCAUAUAAGGUAAUGUAUUAUAGAUCAUAGCAAUUUCACUGAGAUGCU